AUCAAGCCGGCCCGGACGCCGCGUCCGACGAUAAAUAUAAAAAUAAAUAAAUAUAUAUACUGUAUUUUAUUAAUUGAUUAAUUUUUGACACGUGUUUUCAUGAAUUGAUAUAAUUUGUAAAAUAUAAACUCGUGUAUAGUGAAUUGUUUUAGAUAGUCUUGGGAAAACUGCGGGAGUUAUAAACGGUGAGAUUAAUGUGAGCGCUAAAGAUUAGCGUCGACAACCGAGGAAAAGAGAGAAACUCCAUUGAGAGAGAUAUUGCAACAUGCGCAGGACGUGCCUUCUCCUCACACUUUAUGGUUUCUUACUAGCCUCGGCUGUAUCAGCAGGCUUGAAAAACUCCCGGCCAAAAUUUAAAAUAGCAACGACCAGCACAACAGAGUCACCUUCAUUAGAUGAUGGGUCGGAAAUUGACGGGAAUAAAACUGAGGGAUUAGAUGGUAACGCAACAGCCAGUCACAAUUUGACCGGAAUUCCGCAAAUUGACUACAUAUGGGAUCCAAAUCUACCGCGAGAAUUGAACGGAUACAAUUUAAGUGAUUAUCCUUUUUACGAAACAAUACCCAAGGACAUAGACUUCAAGUGCGAUGGCCUCCACGACGGAUUUUACGCCAGUGUACCACACAAGUGUCAGGUUUAUCACCAUUGUCUCUACGGCACACGCUACGAUUUCCUAUGCGCCAACUUCACGGCAUUUGAUCAGAAAACAUUCAUCUGCCAUUUUGUUUCCGAAAUAGAUUGCGCUAAUUCGAAAAAAUACUGGCAUCGUAAUGAUGCACUUUACCAAGCUGCCAGCACAACAACGAUCGCACCACCACCAACAACAACAACAACAACAACAACAACAACCACGACAAUAGCUGCGCCGAUCCAACCUCCAGAAUUCGCUGACAGUCCGCGUUCGGGUGGUCGAAGACGUCGACCCUUCCGAAGACGUCCUGCCUAUGAUUACUAUGAUCAAGAAUACUACGACGAUGAUUACGAGCGACCUCGAACCCGCGGAUCGGGUUACGAUCGGCGCGAUGAUUAUGAUUAUGACGACCGACAGCAGUACAAUGUCCGCAACAGAGACCGAGAAAGAGAUCGCGAGCACUUUCGCGAUUAUCCGCGAGAUCGUGACAGGGAUUAUCGUGAUCGCGAUCCAGUAUCACGACCACGCGAGUAUUCAACAGAACGGCCAGUGGCUGUCAGGGACGAGGAAGAUUCAUUGGUGAUGCGGCCUCGUGACAGGUUUCCUCCAAGGAAUAACAGGCGCGAUCCACCCAGAGUCGAUGAGACUGACAAUGAACGACGUCAUCAAGAUCAACGUUACGAUCGAGGAUUUGCUAAAGACGAUUACGAUGACGAACCAGCAAGUGAAACCCUGGUGAAACCAGCAGCACCCAGUACUUCAGUCUACGCUCGUCCACGGGCGCCACCAAAAAUCCGUCGACCCGUUCCAUUGUCUGAGCAAGACCGAUUUGCUUACAAAGCAUCAUCCGUUCAACCGAUUGUCGGAGAGCAUAAACGUACGACGACAACGUCAACAACAGAGUCAUCGGUAGCUCGUGAUCAAGACUAUUUCGAGGAUGAACUAGAGGAACGACCGGCACGAAGACCCGUGAGAAGAAGACCAUAUCGGGAACGGGAUCGGCAUCUUAUUGAUGCAUCACGUGAUGUCAGAGACCGGGAACGAGAUCGAGAACGAGAUCGGCCUUUAAGGCCAUCACGUUACCGAGACGAGGAGGAUGACAUGAGACCUAGGAAGUAUCCAGAGCGGCCGCGAGAUCGUGAUCGUUAUUACGAACGUGCUCGUGAUCGCGCAUUACUGGACCGAGAAAAGGAAUCAUCAGUAAUUAUGGACCGUGAGAGAGAUCACAGACCGGGAAUGAGACGACCUGCAUUGCGAGAUAAAGAAAAUGAUCGACUUCCUUCUCAGCAAUCGGGCAAAGAUUCUGCUGAAGAAGCGCAAUCGAAAGAUACCAAUCCAAUCACGCAAGAUUAUGAGGAUGGCCAGGGAUCGAAAGAUCGUGAUUCCGUUACCAGAACCACAGUUGAUGGUAAAGCUGAUGAUAAAAAAGAAGAGCCAGAAGUGCGUAAGCUAGAAGAUGACUAUCCGCCAGAUGACGAAUACUACGAUGACGAGUAUUCAUUUUCGUCAUCGACUUCUUCUUCGUCGUCUUCCGCCCCAGCUUCUACGGCCUUGCCGCCCAGAAUGACGGUCAGAAUCGUCAAACGUCCGUUUCUCCCUUCACGGGGUGGGAAUCCCAACCCACGAGGCCUCUCCCCCGUUGGAAUUAAAGCUCCAGACUCUGGCAGCAAAGACCCCAAGCCCCUGACUCCCAGUAUUUCUAUAAAAUCUCUCCCUCCCUCAACCGGAAAUCCGAAACGUCCUAUUAAAGUUGAAGAUCGCUACCAAGACAGAUCUUACGACGCCUACAGAAAAAUUGAUACGGAUAAAAAAAAAGAUUUCAAUGGCAGUCGAACUGAUUCGCUUGCUCAAGACCUGGGACCGCAGUCUCACGACGGGUUCGACCCCAAUUGGAAGGCCCAGGAUGAAAAGAGCGAAAUCAAGUGGGCGCCAGAAGAACGACGUCCGUCACCCAAUAGGGGGAACCGUGUUCCAAACAAUACUCAAGGUAACAACAACUUCGGGGAACAAAACCGAAAAGAUGUCACUGGACCCAGCAGCGUAGCCAAGCAACGGGUCAAUGAAGUUCCCCAUCAUCUCGUGGACAUUCCAGAAAGUGAAUACGACGUGGCGUUGAAUGAAGCAUUGACUCCGUCAUUAAAUCAAGACUCAUUACCCAGUGGUUUUGUUCUUCCACUCCAACGGCAAGGGAAUCGAGAACCGGCUCUCCAGCCUUCUGAAAAUAAUUACCGCGUAAGGCCUUUCAAACCAGAUGCUUCCCAUCAGCUUCAGGUUCAGCAUCAUCAGUACCAUCCACAACAGCCACAGCAGCAAAAAAGUUUUGCUCCGAGCCCUGGGUUUUUUCCUCUUACUCGAAUCAAUGACGAAAGAGCCACUACUUCAACGCAAUACUACAAGACUCCAGAAGUGGUUCACGUGGGAGCGUACAAUAGACAAGCGGAUAGAAAUCCUUGGCAUGAUUACACCGGCUAUUGAUUUAGAGAUAAAUAAUGAAGUAAAAUGAAAAAAAGAAGAGUUAAUUAGAUUAAAUUUAGAUUUCGUAAAAUUUUUAUUUAAAUUUAACUUUAAAUAAUUUAUGUGAGAACUCAAUCCUAUAACUUAAGAUUGCUUUGACUGUGUCCUUUUAUUAAUUUUAAAAUUAUAUAAUUUAUCUUGAUAAUUAUUAUUACUAUUAUUAUUAAUUAUUAUUAUUAUUAUAAUUAUUACUAUUAAUUAAUGAAGAUGAGAUAGUCAAUGGGGUAACGAUAAACGGGUAGACGAAAGAUUUUUUUUAGUGAUUCUUAUUAUUCUUUUUUAGUUAAUGAAUUAUUGGAAGCCCAGUCAAAGACGGGCAAAAGUGUUGUAAAUAAUUGAUUAAUUAGUGUAUUAUGAUCAUGUUUUUUUUUUUUUAAUUAAAUCAUUAAAUUAUUGAUAUUUUUAUAGGAUGCGAGUGUCUGCUGUCAGUAAUGGAAAAAUAAAAAUUACAAUUAAUUUUUUAAAAAUU